CUUCCGCACACGCGCAGUAGGGCGGUAAGCGGUAUUCAAUCUUCAAAUCGGCUCUGCGAGAAGCGCCGGCGGGGGCUGCUCCCCCAGUCUCUGGACUAUGCUGUGACUAAUCCCACGCUUGGAGCCGUAGCUGCGAGCGAGGCAGUGAAAGGGUGGCAGGUAUGGCUUUGCUGGACUCGGAGGACGUAAGAGAAAGGCGGGGACUGGCUUCUGUCUACCCUACCGAAGAUAAAACUUUACAGUCUCCAAGUGCUGUGACUUCAGGCUUGGAUAUGUGGGUCCCGUUCAACUCGAGUAGCUGAGAGAAAGCAAGAGUUGGGCACCGAGAGGCACUGACUGGGUAGAUGCAUUCUUGCUCUUGUAGGUCAAGGUCACUGUGUAGGAGUCUAUUCAUCUAACUGUACCUUUCUUGGUUCCAAGAGCAUAGUUGGCCCGACCGGAGCAAUUUUAAGCCAUUUCAAGGGAUCCAGUGGAAACUGUAAGCCAUUUCAAGGGAUCCAGGAAGAAAGCAUUCUUGAGAAACUGCUGUGCAUUCGAAGGGUAUUCUCAGCAAUCAUUUGAAGUAAAUGUUAUCAUCAUUUUGCAUAUGAAUUAACUGAAAGGUGAAAUUACUUGCCUGGACUGACAGCUUAAUUUCUGUCUAAGAGCUGCAGAAAAUGAUCAACUUCCAGGAAUCAGUGACAUUCCAGGAUGUGGCUGUGGAUUUCACCCCAGAGGAGUGGCAGCUGCUUGAUUGUGCUGAGAGAACCCUGUAUUGGGAUGUGAUGUUGGAGAACUAUAGAAACCUCAUCUCAGUGGGUUGUCCAGUUACCAAAACGAAAGUGACCCUCAAGGUAGAGCAAGGACAAGAGCCAUGGAUGGUGGAAGGAGUAAACCCACACCAGAGCUCUCCAGAAUCUGACUGCCCUCUUGUUGAUGAACCAGGGAAGCAUUGGGAAAGCAAAGACAAUUUUUUGAAGUCAGUUUUGCUCACGUUCAAUAAACUUUUGACUAUGGAGAGAAUCCACCAUUAUAAUAUGAGCACAAGUUUUAAUCCAAUGGAAAAAAAAUUAUAUAAAUCAUCUGAGAAGCAUUUGCCACCUAAUUUAGACUUACUUAAUUAUAAUAGAAGUUAUACUGGAGAAAACACUUAUGAAUGCAGGGAAUGCGGGAAAGCUUUCAAAAAGAAGUUUCAUUUCAUUAGACAUGAAAAAAAUCAUACAAGGAAAAAACCUUUUGAAUGCAAUGACUGUGGGAAAGCCUACAGCAGGAAGGCACACCUUGCAACUCAUCAGAAAAUUCAUAAUGGAGAGAGACCCUUUGUGUGCAAUGAUUGUGGGAAAGCGUUUACACAUAAAGCCCAACUCGUGGUCCACCACAGACUUCACACUGGAGAGAAACCUUAUGAGUGCAGUCAAUGUGGGAAAACAUUCACCUGGAACUCCUCAUUUAAUCAACAUGUGAAAUCUCACACACUUGAGAACUCAUUUGAAUGUAAGGAAUGUGGGAAAACCUUCAGGUAUAGUUCAUCCCUUUACAAACAUUCCAGAUUUCAUACCGGAGAGAAACCCUACCAAUGUAUCAUAUGUGGCAAAGCCUUUGGCAACACAUCUGUGCUUGUUACACAUCAAAGAAUUCAUACAGGAGAGAAACCUUAUGGAUGUAUUGAAUGUGGCAAAGCCUUCAUCAAGAAGUCUCAUCUCCUUAGACAUCAGAUAACUCAUACAGGGGAGAAGCCCUAUGAAUGUAACAGAUGUGGGAAAGCAUUUUCUCAGAAGUCAAAUCUUAUCGUACAUCAGAAAAUUCAUACAUAAUAUUCAUUUUAUGAACAUGAGAAGGCCUUAUGAAAUAUUUGCUAAAUCUUAUUAAAUACUAAAGAAUUCAUGGUAAGGAGACAUCUACAAUUUAAAUGAAUUUGUAAGAGUAGAUUCCCUUAAAAAACAAUGCCAAUCAUGUUCUGGAAGUGAUAAUAAACUUUUUACAGAAAAUAUUACAGAAAACAACUAUAAAUAAUAGAGCUUAAAGCUUGGAAAGUAAGCAUAACUUAAAUAAUCUAAGAACCAGUGAAAACUACAUUUACCAUUCCUGACUUUUACUUUUUAUAAUAAAAUAAUUCUGCAAGUGAGUAUAAAAUACAUGCUUAUACGUUAUAUUAAAUUAUGCCUAUUAAGAGUUUCUGCAGUAAAUAACACAUUUUUCCUUCCAGUGUUAACAUGCAUAAUUAAUCAAGAAAAUGUGGUUUAAUAUGUAGUAUGAAUUUCAGUAAUAUUUUCAUCCAUUUGCUGGCACUCUUAAUGGGCAUGACAAUGUUACUGAAUCUGAGUCUCCUUUAAUUGCACAACUGAAGACUUCUUAUUAAAAUUCAUAAAGAUAUGUUCCUGUGUAUGUAAAUACCAGAACAAAAACUUUAACAAGACACUAAUCGAGGAGAGAAAGGCACUCGUAUUCUGUAUUACAAUAAGUAUUCAGUUGAGGAAAAGAAUUAUUUAAAUAUGUAAAUAAAUAAUUUGCACUUCAAAUA